CAGAAAGCGCUGCAAAAAGUAUAGCAAAACACGUGACUCUUUUUGGUGGCAAUGAUUGCAUCAAAAGUUAUCAAUAAUUGAAUUACAAAUUGUUAUAUAAAUCAGUGAAACAUCUCUCGAGUCCACACAUCCAUCCACUGGCGAAGACACCGCUCGGAACGGAACCAAUUGGACGGACGCUAUGCCGAAGAUAUGUCGUCUGAUGAGUGGCGUUGAGGGCAUUCCUCAUCAGACCGUUAGAGUCGGCGAUUGUCUGACGAUUGGCCGCAACCGCACGUGUCGUAUACGAGACCUGAAGUGUUCCCGAAGUGACUGUUCCGUCACUUUUGAUGGCAACACUGUUUCGGUCGAAGACUGCAAAACACGGCAAAUAACACACCCAUUGAAUGGACAGUCGGUGACCGGCAAUGGGUUUCGCUAUAAAGUGGUUAUCGUUGACCAAACGGGUGAUGAAAACGACGGAUUAGUUUGUGAUACUAAUGGACACCAAUUGAGUGAUAAUGAAAUGCAGUUAUCGUUUGAAGAACCCAUUGAUGAGACCACAAUGAAUUGCGACCAAACUAUAGAUGAUAGCAAAUCGUCGGGAGUGACCGAAUGGCUGGCAAUUUGUUCAAAUCGGGUCCAUAUCUGCAAAUUCUUGGGCGGAGGAAAAAGCAGUCCAUCGAUCGCCGCCUUUGAUUUCGAUGAAACAAUAGUUACGCCUAAAUCUGGCGGUAAAUUUGCCAUCAGUUCCGACGACUGGAAACUAAUUGACAAAUUAUUGCCGCAAAAGAUUGAAAAACUGAUAGAAAAUGGCUUUCGUUUUGUGGUUAUAUCUAAUCAGUUGCCGAUAUCUCAGGGAAGGUUCAAAUUGGAGGACAUUCAGCACCGGUUCGAGUCGGCGCUUACAGCCAUAGGAGUGCCCUGUCUUGUGAUGAUUGCAGCGUUUGACGACAUCUACCGCAAGCCUCGGCCCGGUUUGUGGCAAUUAUUGGCCGACGAGUUCAGUGAUAAGCCGCUUGACUUGAAGACCAGUUUCUAUGUGGGCGACGCCGCCGGACGUAAGAAGCAAUUAAACGGCAAAUCAGACCACAGUUCAGUGGAUCUGCUGUUUGCCGCCAAUUCUCGUAUCCCAUUCUUAACGCCCGAACGCUUCUUAAGUGAUAUGAAACCAAAGACAAGUAACUCAAGCGACAAAAGUUAUUGCGGUUUUGAGAUCUCCACAUAUCGGCCACAAAAGCUGGACUCGACUUUCAUAGCCACUCAAUUGAGUUCAGACAAACGCUACGCAAAUAUCAACGAUUUGCUGGCAAACUAUGGCUCAAAACUGCAUUUAAUAGUAUUGUGUGGUUUACCCGCUUCGGGGAAGACAUCGUUUUAUAGGAAUUAUUUGCAACAAUUGGGUUACGUUUAUGUGUCGAGAGAUGAGCUCAAGACUAUGGAAAAGUGCCAAAAGAAGUGCGAAUUGAGUCUAAGAAGCAAUCAAAACGUUGUGAUCGAUAACCUCAAUGUGGAUGUGUCGGCUCGAAAACAGUGGUUGUCGUUGUCUCAGAAGUAUUCAGCGGUUCCGCUGCUCUUUUUCUUCGACAUAACAGUCGACCAAUCAUUACAUAACAAUAAAUUUCGGCGAAUUAUAGGCGUUAACAGUCCGGUCACUGAUCUUGUGAUUCGCUCGCAGAACAAGAAUUUCGUUAAACCAAUGAAUACCGAAGGCUUUGAAUCAAUCUUUAAAAUUAAUUUUGUGUCCAAUUUUGGCCAAAAAGAGCACGAAUUGCUUUAUUUUAUAAACAAGAAUUUCGUUAAACCAAUGAAUACCGAAGGCUUUGAAUCAAUCUUUAAAAUUAAUUUUGUGUCCAAUUUUGGCCAAAAAGAGCACGAAUUGCUUUAUUUUAUCGAAACAACUCAUUUGGGAACUCCUGUCAGACACCCUCUGGUCGACCACAAUGUGUCGGUCAGACGUUUACGAAACUUCAUCGAAUCUGAGGAUGCAUUUGGAUUCAAAAGAUUCCUCAUUUACGAUAAUAUCAAUGAAUUUAUGGGCUCUAAUAAAUCGAUGGCCGCAUUUCCAGAGUCCGAUUCUCUGACACUCCUC